CAGUAACUAAUAUUUUUUUUAACAGUCAUCCACUCGAGUGGUUUUUGCGAAAUAAAGUAACAUUAGGAAUUCGCAAUAUAUGUGGAUAAUGGAAUAAUAACACUUUCAUCAUAAUGAGUUCUUCAUUUCUGGAGUAAAAGUAAGCAGGACUUCACGAAGAUGAAUUAUACAGGGGUUCUACUAUUCACUUUACUCUUGAUUUCAACGAGCUGCCAUGGAUUAAACAUCCUCGUGAUUCUUCCACAUGUAGGCAAGAGCCAUCAACUAGUUUUCGAACCUCUCCUAAAACAGCUAGCUCUCAGAGGACAUAACCUCACAGUCAUCACAAGGUUUCCUCAGAAAAAGACAACAGCCAACUGGAGGGAUAUAAACAUAGGAGACAAUGAAGUGACUACCGAAAUUCUAGAGAUGGGUGUAAUAACUGGAACAAGACUGGGUCAGAUUUCUGGUCGGUUUUUGCUGGCUGAACUAGCAGAACAAUCAUGUACCAGUGGACUCACCAAUGAGAGAUUCCGGAAUUUCCUGAAAGAAGACAAUCAGUUCGAUUUGAUUCUUGUGGAAUUGUUCAACACGAAUUGCUUCAUGGGUCUAGUGAGGCUAUUUGGUGCUCCUGUUAUAGGUUUGUCUUCAUGCAAUCCACCUGCAUGGAUCCAAAGAUGGUUCGCGAAUCCGGAGAACCCCUCAUACAUUCCAUCAGUUUUCACUGGAUUUUCUGACAGCAUGACAUUUCUUCAGCGGGUGGAGAAUACCGUCUCACUGGGCUUGGACAAGUUUAUAUACGAUUAUUUUAUGGCUGGCCCUGGCAACCGUUUUUCGAGGAAAUAUUUGGGAGUAGAUACAAUGAAGGGAAAUGAUGUAAUGUACAACGUCAGUCUUCUUCUGACGAAUACGCAUUUCAGCCUGAAUUUGCCCAGACCGUUUGUGCCCAAUGUGGUAGAAGUGGGUGGAAUCCAUAUUGAAGAGCCUAAAGAAAUACCUCACGAAAUAGCGAAAUUCAUAAACGAGUCUCUCGAUGGCGUAAUAUAUAUGAGCAUGGGUUCAACAUUGAAGGGAAGCAGUUUCCCAGUUGACAAGAGAAAUGCAUUUUUGAAAGCUUUCUCCCGUGUCCAACAAAGGGUGAUCUGGAAAUGGGAAACCGACAUGGAAAAUAAACCGAGAAAUGUUGAGACUUUCAGGUGGACACCACAAAGAGAAAUUCUCUGUCACCCCAAUGUGAAGGUAUUUAUUUCACACGGAGGACUCCUAGGCACGAUUGAGGCUGUCUACUGUGGGGUACCUGUUCUUGUCAUUCCUCAGUACGGAGAUCAGCCUCUGAAUGCAAAAGCCUUAGAAAAAGUUGGUGGAGGACUCAUUUUCCAUUUGCAAGAUGCUACGGAGGAAACUAUUCUGGAGGCCCUCAAUGAAGUUUUGAGUCCCAAGUUCCGAAUGAGUGCGAAAGAUCUAUCAGAACGAUUCAAGGACCGUCCUUUAUCACCAAUGGACACGGCGAUAUACUGGAUAGAAUACGUGGCAAAAUACAGGGGAGCACCGCAUAUGAGGACAGCUGCAGUAUCUAUGCCUGCCUAUCAGUACCUGUUGAUUGACGUGAUAGCGUUCAUUGCAUUAAUUGUCAUUUCAUUCAGUUAUUGCAUGUAUAAGAUCGCUGCUCUAGUGUUUUCGAAAUUGAGAAGAAAUAAAAUAAAAACUUCGUGAUGAGUAACAAUUUUAUUUUCUAUUCAUGGUAAAUAAA